CCACAGGCCCUCGAUCUGCUCCACAUUUGAACACACAACUACUAUAGGUGCCGACGCCUCCUCUUAUUUCUAUAACAGAUCACAAAAACUAUAGUGACAUUUGUUUCCGACAAUAGUUUGCUAUUGACAACACCACAUACUGCUGUCACCUUACUGGUCAUUUUCUGGAGCACACAAACCAUGCACAGUGUUUCAGGCAGAAAACGAUGCCAGCAUUUUGAAAAUAGCAAUUUUAUUUUUCAAAACAGAUUAAACUUCUAACCUCCAUCAAUGUGCAAUCCUUAUUUGAAUAAUUACAAUAUAAAAUAGCUGUCAUGCACAGUUAAAUUUUGUCAUAUUUCUUUUUCAGCUAUGAAACCAUAAAUGUACACUUAAAACGCAAACCAGACUGGCUAUUAGCACGCAACCCGAAGGGUAGAGUGCCGGUUCUUGAAUUUUCAGAUGGUCGUAUUGUGUUUGAGUCCGUCAUCACAUGCCAGUAUCUUGAUGAUGUCUACCCUCAGGAACCUCUGACCCCAGCUGACCCAUAUCAGAAAGCUCGAGAUCGUUUGUUUGUGGACUAUUGUGACAAGUUUAUGAUGGCCAUCUACCAGCUCUGGUCUUCAGACAGCAACAAUGAAAAGGGCAAAGCUACCAUCCAUGUAGGAAUGCAGAUGUAUGAGCAAGAAUUGACACAGCGAAACAGUGGUCCAUUUUUUUGGAGUUGCAGAUUUGAUAUUUAAACUGAAGCUGUAAUAAUGAUCUAAAGGGGAGAUGAUCCAAAGAUCAAAGAAAACCAUGACAACAUUUACACAGCCAUUUGAUUGCCUUUCCUGGCCUUUUAACUGGCUUAUGGUAAUGGCCACAACCCUUGUUUGGCCUUUGCAAAGUGCUUUCAGCGGACUUAUAUCUUUGUUUUUACCAACAACGUAUGAACUAAACAAGCCACAUAUCUUGCUGUUCCGAAGACUGAUCCUUUUACCUGUAUAUCUUGCAUUGGUAGUGAUUUUUGCUCCGCUAGGACUGAGCUGCAUCCCUCUUCGUUGCUUACUGUCAUUACUGCGACAUCCAUUUCAGUAUUCUGUGAUAAAAACUGCAUAUACAUCAGCAUGGGAAAGCCAUGUGUUGUCUAGUCUGGAGGGUUCUCAGUACAAGAGUUAUCAGUUUGGAGUAGCAACAGCUAACGUUUGUCUUCUUCCUGAGUUUCUAGCAAGAAUAAACAACAUUUCACAUGGUAGCACCAGAGCAAGAACCACAGGAGAACGGAUUGUUGUGGACCAGUUCUUUUAUGCUGCAGAGCAAAAUGCAGUUUUUGGACUGAGUGGACUUAAUGAUGACCAUUCUAAAAAAGUCCAAGUACACAACACUUUUGCAGCAGGUCUUGAUGCACAUUUUCCACAGCUUGACUUCCUGUGCUUACAAGAAGUUUUUGACUGGAACUAUAACAAAAUUCUUCGUAAAGAACUUCACAAGGUGUUUCCAUACAUUAUUCAUGAUGUUGGCAUCACAUCAAUGAAGAGUAACUACUUUUUGUUCAACUCUGGCCUUCUAUUUGCUAGUCGUCAUCCUGUGCUGAAAGUUGAUUUCAAGUGUUUUUCAACCUCAGUUGCACAGUGUCGCUUUACCAGUAAAGGUCUGCUUAUGGUUAAGGUACUCAUAGGCAGUGAGUUGGCAGCUAAGAGGAAGGUUGGCUACAUUUUCACUACCCAUUUGCAGGCUUAUCAGGGUCCCCAUUCAGUUCUAUGUCAGCAACUGGAUGAAAUUCUAAAGUGGAUUGAAGAAUUCAGACAGGAAACGAAAGAUGCCAAAGACAAGGUUCUCUUUGACAUUUUGUGUGGGGACCUCAAUUUUGACAACAUAUCACCAGGUGAUAAAGAGAACAGGGAACAUGCAGUUUUUGAUGUGUAUACAGAUCCUUGUCGAAUGUUUCCUGGGAAGGAUCAUGAUUGGACUGUUGGGACAGAAUUCAAACAGAUUUUUAUGCAUGAUCCUUCAGUGAAAAGUCCAGAGUCAUUAAAGUCAUCUUUGAAUGACCCAGUCCUGCGGCAUAGAUAUUUACUGGAUGCAGACAUAAAUGAACAGUCCAUGGACACAUUAGUGAAGGUCAGACUAAAAACUGAUGCGAUGGGUAACCUUCUGACGUUUCCUUCAGCAGGAAAACGACGUAUUGACUAUGUGUUGUACAGGAGAGAUACACCAGUGGAUGUGAGUGGUGUAAAAUUCAUCACAAGGCUGGCUUCACUCACUGAUCAUUUACCUGUCAGCAUGACCUUCAGUGUUAAAUUUUAAAUGUUGACUGAUGCCUGAAAUUACAAUUGAUGGAUACUUAGUGGAAGUGAUGAAAAUCACUCAAGAAAUAUCAAAGAAUAUUAUAUAGGAUAUACAAAAACUGUAUUUUCAUCAUCAGUCAUUUCUGUCUGUGAAUACAAUGUAAAGAAAUGUAUGACGAGCUUGCGAUGAAGGACGUGAAACAUAUCAGACCAUACACCUUGUUUGGGAUUUAAAUGCAGGAGGGAAUUUCAUGCAAGUUAAAGGCAAAGAUGUAGAAGCCAGGACAUCAACUUGCAUUUCAUAUGAAGACAAGAAGCAAAAAGUCCAGCAAGCCUAUUCUGAAAAUAGCUGCAUUUGAUGCAAACUUGUUACUGGAUGCAAGUUAUUUGAAAACCUGUUUCUGUACUAUAAAUAUUUCUAAGCAUUAUGCACUACAUGCAUGUUAAAGCAAUUAGCAAAAAUUAAUAUCCGUUAUAGUAAGGUAAAAGAGGUCAGCUACUAGUCUUCAUCCAUUGUACCAUGUGAAAGUUUUAAAAACUAUAAGGCGUUAUUCUGCAAUAGCAAAGUUUUCUGAGAGAAACUGAACAGCUUUUUCUGCUUCUCCUCCCUUCUGUAACAUACACUUAAAAGCAGUCCAGUGAUCAAGAGAGUAUUGAACACAUCUGUUACAAUUUUGCUAAUUUAUUUAUACAUCAUCAGCAUUUUUGAAUGACCUAUUAUGAUUUGUGUCGCUAUUUUUAUUGUUAAAAAUUAUUUCAAUGAAGUGUAAUUUUGUAUUUUUGGUAUUUAAUUUUCAAUCAAAUUUGAGAUUUGAGCUUAAAUUGUUUUCUUAAUAUCAUAGCACUUCCUUUUGAAAAUAAUUUUCUAAUAUAUGCAGUAGUUUAAAAUGAUUUACUCUGAAAUGGACUUUUUAUGAGCAUUUUACUUAUUCAAAGAAGGCUUUGUAAUUUUUAAUAGAUUUGUAUUAUGCAUUAUGAUAAAGAGUGAGUGUCGCUGUGUUUGUGUGUGUGUGUUUAGAGAGUUAUAUGCUGGUUUAAAUCAGAAUAUUACUUUAUCUUCGAUAAAUAACUAUUCACUUCAAAUAUAUAUAGUUGUUUGAAAUUGUUCUGCAGUAGCGCUUUUCCUAUUGACAUCCUUGUUUCUGAAGCGUGAUUUGGUUCUAAAUGGCGAUCCUGUUUGUAUAUCUUCUAAGCAGCAAAGGAAAUUGACAUUUAAUAUGCCGUGUACAUCUUUUCAAGGUCAUGUUUUCAUUUCAUAAGUCCUCAGAAUUUUGCGGUGUCAGGUACCCACUCUACCUCUGGGUCAACUGGGGAAAGUAGACUAACACGUCAUGGGUAUCCAACUGCAUGGAGUUGAACCCGUUACUCAAACCACUUGUCUGUUCCUGUCCCCAUACCCUGUCGAAGUUUGGUGGAGUCUUUUUCUAGGAAUUCUGUCUGUCAUUCAUUAGAUUGAAUUUUCACUCACCAUAGCUACAAUCACUGUUAAGUGACUGGUAAACUUUGUGAUUGUCCUUCAAUCUGUAGUCUUUACGUUGACAAUGCGCUAAAGUAGUCUUGCUGGCCUAUGAUUUCCUAGAACAGACCUGGGAAGGGGCGGCCCGCCUCCUGUCUCAUGCGGCCCCUUUGGAAAAUUAAUUUCCCACCCCUGUCCUAGAACUAGCUCAGAAUUCCACUCAGACGACAUACAUCCGCGAUGUAAUGAUCUGAAGAUGUUACAUCUAUUUGAUUUUUGCUAGUUUGAGUUGAACAAAACUAUGAGUUGGCUGAAAAAUAAAAAUAAAAUUGUCCAUACUGUAUCUUCAAUCCCGCAGAAGCAAAACAAAAAAAAAAAAAAAAAAAAAAUGGGGUCUGGAU